AUGUUGGGAGUAAGCGGGGUACCCCCCGACGCACAGUACUUCAACAUACCCCUUUCGGGUUGGCGCCCGGGUUCGAGAGCGAACGUGGCACAACCAUCGCGCGUGACGGGCCGCCGCGGGCCACGCCGGAAAAAAGUUCCCCCAGAGAACCCACGGCGCCUCGCGGGUCCCGGGUCCGGGCGGGGAAGAGGGUGUGCCGAGGCCCCGCUCGCGAACCGGAGCGGGGAAAUGGAAAAAAACGGCCCGGGUCACCCAAAAAUAUCGGGAAGCCCCUCCCGCCACCCCCUCCCGGGCCCCAGCUGGGACGGAGGGUGUGAUUGCCCGCCGCUUUUCCGACUCGAAACUGUGGGGGCGUUUCGUGUGGCGGGGCGUGCUCGCGAAAAAAAAAAACGGGUGGUGGUGCCGUUUUUUUUUGUUUUUUUUUUGGUGUGUGGCUUCUGCUGGUUUUUUUUUUUAUUUUAUUUUCUGGUGGCGUUCUUCCCUUGUGGCGCUUCUUGUGGUGCGUGA